AUGCAUCUCCCUCGGAGCUGCAUCGUCCUCCUCAUCCAGGGGAGCAUCUCGCUGCUGGUGACCUGUGGCCAAGAAGAGCCAGGGGAAGGUGCAGAGCAGCACGAGCCCAAGACCCAGGAGAGAGCCCAAGCGCAGAAGGCGAGGGGGCUGCUCCCCCCAGAGGCCCUGCUCGCUCCAGCCGUGCUGCAGAACGUGACCCUCAUGGAGCUGGUGAGCAGCUCACGGGAGCUGUGGGAUAUCCUGGAUAACCUCUCAGAGCGGGACCAUGCUCCGCAUCCCAGAGGCCAGAGGGACUUGGGGCCAGCCUCGGGCAAACUUAAAAAAAUUUUCGGCUGGGGAGAUUUCUAUUCCAACAUCAAGACGGUCAAGUUGAACCUCUUGAUCACCGGGAAGGUGGUGGAUCACGGCAACGGCACGGUCAACGUCUUCUUCCGCCACAACUCUACGGGGCAAGGGAACAUCUCCGUCAGCCUCGUUCCCCCCACCAAGGCGGUAGAGUUUGACCUGGAGCAACAGAUCUUCAUUGAGGCCAAAGAAUCCAAAAUCUUCAACUGCCGCGUGGAGUACGAGAAAGUGGACCGCGCCAAGAAGACCACGCUCUGCACGUACGACCCCUCGAAGACCUGCUCCCACGAGCACACCCAGAGCCACGUCUCCUGGGUCUGCUCCAAGCCCUUCAAAGUCAUCUGCAUCUACAUCACCUUCUACAGCAUAGACUACCGGCUGGUGCAGAAGGUGUGUCCUGACUACAACUACCACAGCGAUGUGCCCUACUACCCCUCGGGAUGA